AUGCUUGUGGCUCCCAGUUCCUGGUGGUGGAGGUGCAACUUCUUUUGGUCAUCCCAAAUCUGGGUUCAUCUGACACUAGCAGCCACCCUACAGCGUCCAGGCCAAGCCUUCACCUUUGUCGCUGCCGUGCCACCCAAAUUUGACCCUAAUGAAAUUAAAGUCAUGUUUUUAAGGUGCCCUGGCAGUGAAGUUGGUUCCACAUCAGUUGUGGCCCCCAAAAUUGGUCCCUUGGAUUUGUCUCCCAAAAAGGUGGGUGAAGUCAUUGCCAAGUCAAUUGGCAACUGGAAAGGGCUAAGGAUCACAGUGAAAUUUACCAUUCAGAACACACAGGGCCAAACUGAGGUUGUGCCUUCUGCUUCAGCCUUGAUCAUCAAAGCCCUAAAGGAAUCUCCUCCAGACAGAAAAAAGAUAUAUAAUAUAAAACACAGUGGAAACAUCAGUCUGGAUGAGACCAUCAGCAUUGCUCAACAGAUGAGGCACUGGUUCUUGGCAAGAGAGCUCCAUAGAUUCAUUAAAGAGAUCCUUGGAACAGCCCAGUCUGUGGGCUGCAACAUUAAUGGCAGGCAUUCUCAUGAUGUCAUUGAUAACAUCAAUAGUGGUGCUGUUGAAUGCCCAGCAAGUUAA